AUGUUUGAGAACUUGAAGGCUUUUAUUCGUCAUGGCAAGCAGGCUAAGGAGCCUGAAUACCAACAACAGUACCGCCAGCAGGCUUCCGUGGUACCCGAUCUGCUGACGUUAUUAGCCUCUGAAGGGUUUGUACCCGUGGCUGUACCAGAGACUACACCCGAUGAUGCCCCGACUACCACCCAUCUCUACGCUAGUCAAGCCAAUGCUAGCAACCAGUCGCUUCUGGCGACACAACAAUAUCAGGAGCUUGCUCUGCAAAUGGUUGAAGAAGAGCGGGCUCAACGCAGUUCGAAGAAGAAAUACCCCAAUUUGGACAAUUAUGAGGUAAUGGAACAAAUGGGAGAGGGAGCCUUUCUGAUUGUUUACAAGGCCCGUCAUUUGCCAAGCGAUCGGUUGGUGGCAAUCAAAAUCUUACGCAAAUUUCAAAUGGAUUCAGCCCAGAAGAACGCAGUCUUCAAGGAAGUGACCAUUAUGCGCCAACUCAAUCAUCCCAACAUUGUUAAGUUUAUUGAAUUUAUCGAUCUGGAAAAGUACUACUAUAUUGUGCAAGAAUUAGUUGCAGGUGGUGAAAUUUUCACAGCUAUUGUCAACUACACUUACCUUUCUGAGGAUUUGAGCCGUCAUGUUAUUGUACAAGUGGCUAAGGCUAUACGAUACCUUCAUGAAGAAGUGGGUGUGGUGCACCGCGAUAUUAAACCCGAAAAUUUGUUAUAUGUUCCAAUUGACUUUAUACCCCUGAAACAUCGCCAAUUACGCCGAUCCGACGAUCCCAAUACCAAAAAGGAUGAGGGUGAAUUUAUUGAAGGCAUCGGUGGUGGCGGUAUUGGUUUGGUGAAGCUUGCCGAUUUUGGUUUGUCUAAACAGAUCUGGGAGCACAAUACAAAGACGCCAUGCGGUACGGUUGGAUACACUGCUCCCGAAAUUGUCAGAGACGAGCGUUAUUCUCGUGAAGUCGACAUGUGGGCAAUUGGUUGUGUUCUCUACACCUUUUUGUGUGGAUUUCCUCCAUUCUAUGACGAGCGCAUUGAACUGUUGACCGAAAAGGUCGCUAAAGGGGAGUACACCUUUUUGAGUCCUUGGUGGGAUGAGAUUUCUCCCGCAGCGAAGAACUGCGUUUCCAAAUUAUUGACUGUUGAUCCCAGCAAGCGGUAUACCAUUGACGAGUUUUUGCAAGACCCUUGGGUUGUGAACGGUCAUAAAGUGGCUUCGACGCAACCGACUACUAUGGAAGCACCUUUGCGGAAGUCCAAACUGGCACUACAAGCACAAGCGGCAGUCAAUGGCGCAAAGCAAAAACAUCCGAUUCAACAGUUCAAUCAAGCGAAUUUCAACCCCGACUUGUACUCACCUGCAGCAUUGGCUCUCAGAGAUGCGUUCGAUAUAUCAACGGCGGUGCAUCGAAUGGAGGAAGAGAAGGCUUUGCAAUCCAAAUUCAAUAGCAACAACAUGGUCUUCGAUUUGGUUGAAGAGGAGGAAGACGAACAUGGUGAAAUUAUCGUUAAGGAUCCUCCCGUCAACCGCCAAGUCCAGAUGCCUGCAACGAAAACCUUCGAUUUAAAUUUGGGGGGUGCUAGCAUCUUGGGACGCAGAAAGAAUAAGAUGGUAACCACAUAA